AUGUCUCGACUACUGAGUUCCCUGGAGUUCCCUGAUGGUGGAUGGCAAGCUUGGUCGGUGGUUUUCGGAUCAUGGUGUGCAUUGCUUCCAUCGUUCGGGAUCAUGAAUGUCACUGGAACCCUGGAGGGCUGGCUAGCAGACCAUCAAUUGCAGGGGUACUUCCAAGCAUCGAUUUCCUGGAUCUUCGGGCCCAUCUUCGACUCUCACGGUGUCAAGUACACUCUAAUUCCAGGAUGCCUUGGCUUUACAACAUCAAUGAUGAAACUGAGCGUCUCUCAAGGCGGUCUUUCCGCGUCAGCCAUCUUACCGCCCUCACUAGGCACCAUAAACCACUGGUUUUACAAGCGUCGAGGCUUGACAACAGGAUGGGUGGUCAGAUCCGCCACUAAUACUUCCGGUGGGAUAGAGGGUAUUAUAUUCACCAAUCUGUUUGGGACGCUCCGAGAUAAAAUCGGAUUCCCAUGGGCCGUUCGAAUACUCGGAUUCGUCUCCCUUGGUUGCUUUAGUAUAAGUAUGCUUUUCACCAGAACCAGGUUAGCCCCAAAUAAGUCAAGGAACGGAUUGAUUGACCUCCGCUCUCUCCGAGAACCAACAUUCACAAUGACCUCUAUUGCUGUCACCGCGGCUGAAAUUGGGUUGAUGGUCGUUCUCACAUACCUACCUUCUUAUGCCCCAUCGCACGGGCGCAGCAUCCAUCCCAGGCCGGGUUAUUCCCGUAUUCUAGCUGAUCGUUGGGGUCGGUUCAGCAUCAUGAUUCUAGCCAGGGCCGUCUGCACCACCCUAAUCCUUGCAUUAUGGCUUACUGCCGGUGAGAGCGAGGCAGCGAUUAUAAGCUUUGCUACAUUAUUUGGCUUCUGGGCAGGCCCGGCUAUCAGCCUAACACCAGUAUGUGUGGCUCAGAUCUUGCGGACAGAAGACUAUGGUAAGCGGUAUAGGACGACGACGACUACCAUGCUUAGCUUCUGUCUCCUGGUAGCCAUUCCGGUUGCAGGGGAGGUUUUGAAAGCUCAGAAUCCGUCCUUGUAUAACGAGAUAGUGUAUUCGGGGGCUGAUUGGAUUACUGUGGGAUGGAGUGUCACGCGCAUAUCCUAG